GUCCAACUCCCAAACUCGGAUUUUAAUGUCUUGAGUGUGUUUCGCAGGAAGAAACGGAGAGAUAAGCAGUAGAAAAAUCCAGAGACUAGAGAAGAAGAAACGCUAAAGUUGUCUCAGUCUUCAGCUGUCGGUGUUGGAGUAGUUACUGAAGGUUGUUGAUUUGAAACUAAUAGAAAAGGUUGUUUGAGAAUCUCAUUUAUCUUGAUUUGUUGGAUUUUAUAUUGAAGACAAAAGAUUUAGGUCUUACUCCUUCGGUAAGCUUGCCAGAGAAGAUGAAUGUAGUUGGUAAGGUUGGGAGUCUCAUUUCGCAGGGUGUUUACUCUGUUGCCACCCCAUUUCAUCCCUUCGGUGGGGCUGUUGAUGUUAUUGUUGUUGAGCAGCAGGAUGGGACUUACCGAAGUACACCUUGGUAUGUGCGGUUUGGUAAAUUUCAGGGUGUCCUGAAAGGUUCUGAGAAGAUUGUUCGCAUCUCAAUAAAUGGUGUGGAAGCUGGUUUCCAUAUGUACCUUGAUAAUUCUGGUGAAGCUUAUUUCAUUAGAGAGGUUUUUCCCAGUAAAGAUGAGAAGAUUGAUGGGAUUUAUAAGAAUACCGAAGAUUCAGAAUUUCCACGGAAAGAUAAUAAUAGCAGCUGUAGUAGUACUAGUAAGGCUGGUGAUGACGGUGGUAAUGAUAAUUGUGUUAGUCUUAGUGGAGAAGAGAAGAUUGUAUCCAACUCUGAGGAUUUUCUGAUUGCAAAUGAUUGUCUUUCCUUAAAUAGAGACCAAUUUGAGAAUGUUGGAGCAGAUAAUGGGAGGCAACUGUAUACAUUUGAAAAUGACAAAUCUCCUGGAGGGGACCCUGUUGAGUCAUCAGAGUUUGUGGCUUACCGUUAUGAUAGCUUAGAGCAGGUUGAGAAUGUUAUGGAAUCUCAGGGUUCAAACGCAGAGGUUGUAUUGGUGAGUGUGGAUGGUCACGUGCUGACGGCACCCAUCUCUUCAUUGGAAGAGAACACAGAUAAUGUGCAGUUAAGUACACCACAGUUUCAUCUGGUUCCAGGUGAAGGAACUGAGUUUAGUGGAGGUAAUGGGGAGUUUAGUACUGGUGAAGAUGCAUGGGUUGCUAAUUAUUUGAGUGAUAUUGAUGCGUCUGAACCCAAUCGUGCAUCAGAGGGCGUGUUACCCGUACGUGAUGCCGAUAAUGCUGAUCAGAAUCCUUCUGAAGUUUGUGAAAUUGCUGAUGAAACUCUCACUCAAACUCAAGAUGAUCAGAACAUUGGAGGCAUUAAGAGAGAUAACGGUCACUUAACACAUGUAGAUAGUAUGAGUCAGAAAGAUGUUUUUGGGAGCUGCUUGGAUUUCUUAGAUUUACACAUUGGAGAUGCAGAUGCACGAGAAACUGUUUCUCCAUUCAUGGAAGUGGCCACAAAACUGGGGACUGAAGAUCCACUCAGGAAUUCUCUUUCAAGUCUUCCUGCAAAGGAGCAAAUUGAAGCCGCAAAUGAUCCUGAAUUCAAAGCCAAUACCGAGUUAUCCCCUCCUAGUUCUGCUUCUGCCCACAACAGUAUGUCUCCAGGUUUAAGUAUUGAUGUUGAGCCGUUUGAGAAUAAUUCUUUGACUGUUGAAAGAUCAGAUAAUGUGGAUUCUGACAGCAUGUCUGUCCAUUCUGUAAGCAAUGAUCCAGGAUGGAAGGAUGAACAGUUUGUUGUAGCACCAGAAGCUCUUGGGUUACAAAGUAGUCCAGGACAACCCUCAUGUGAAGAAGAAUGCCGUCGCAGUGAGAUAGAAGAACCUCAGAAAGAAACUUCUGGUAAAGGGAUGGGAUUUGAAAUUUCUCUUUGUGGGAAACUUCUUUAUGCUGGAAUGGGGAUGGGUCCUGCUAGGGAAGCCUUCAAUGCACAUCGCAUAUCCGUGGAGGAGUUCAAAGCUUCUAUGGCAUCGAUUACCAAGAAUGAAAAUCUUAUUGUUAGAUUUAAAGAGAGGUACUUAACAUGGGAUAAAGCUGCUCCUGUGAUUCUCGGAAUGGCUGCAUUCGGUUUAGAGUUACCUGUUGAGCCGAAAGAUGCAAUUCCUGUGGAACAGGAUGAGUCACCCAAGCCCAAGGAAGGUGCUCCUGGAACCACUUCAGCCCCUUCUAGCCGCAGAUGGAUGCUUUGGCCAAUCCCAUUUAGAAGAGUUAAAACUCUAAAGCAUACCGGCAGUAACUCAUCAAAUGAGGAUGUGUUUGUUGAUUCAGAACCUGGCUCACAAAACUCAUUUGUGGAACCAGCUCCAAUAUCCAAUACUGGCAGUGAGUCUCCCCCCAAGCAGCUAGUAAGAACGAAUGUUCCCACUACUGAGCAGAUUGCAUCUUUGAAUCUUAAAGAAGGUCAAAAUGAGAUUACAUUCAGUUUCUCUACAAGGGUUCUGGGAACUCAAAAGGUUGAUGCCCAUAUCUACCUGUGGAAGUGGAAUGCACGGAUCGUCAUCUCUGAUGUUGAUGGGACCAUUACCAAGUCGGACGUUCUUGGCCAGUUCAUGCCACUAGUUGGGAAGGAUUGGACACAAUCUGGAGUAGCACGACUUUUCUCUGCCAUUAAGGAAAAUGGUUAUCAACUACUCUUUUUGAGUGCGCGUGCAAUCGUUCAGGCAUAUCUAACCAAAAGUUUCCUUCUCAACCUGAAGCAGGAUGGAAAAACAUUACCAAUUGGACCUGUUGUCAUUUCACCUGAUGGACUAUUCCCUUCAUUGUACCGGGAAGUAAUAAGAAGAGCACCUCAUGAGUUCAAGAUUUCUUGUUUAGAGGAUAUUAAAGCUCUUUUCCCUAAAGAUUACAAUCCAUUCUAUGCUGGCUUUGGAAAUAGAGACACUGACGAGCUCAGCUACAGGAAAAUUGGGAUCCCAAAAGGCAAAAUAUUUAUUAUUAAUCCGAAGGGUGAAGUCGCCAUUAAUAACUGCAUUGAUGUGAAGUCAUACACCUCAUUGCACACGCUAGUCAACGACAUGUUCCCACCCACUUCAUUAGUAGAGCAGGAGGAUUUCAACGCAUGGAAUUAUUGGAAGACGCCACUACCUAACAUUGACUGAACACACUUUAGAGGUUUAAAUAUAUCAACUGGGGCAGGGUGGGAGGAUCUGCGUUAUUUUGAUGGCCUGCAACACUCCCUUCAAGUAAUCCAUCCUCUGCUAUUGACACCAUGCGUUUAUUUUUUAAGGAAAGAGAAGAAUACUACUCUGCUUGUUCUUUAUUCAUUAAUCAGUUUCGGGUGAUACCUUCAUAAUUUUUUAACAACUAUCCUCCAAAGGGAAGUUCAGGGUGCUAUGUUGGCUUAAAGGGUCUCUUACAGAAUAAAGAUUUUAUAAUCAUGACAAGCGCACCCAUGAUAAGGUUGUAUCAUUUUUUUUUUUUUUCACUUCAUAUUGUAAAUAGAAGAUUUAUUUAUUCAAAUGGCUGGUUGUUCUUGACA